AAAGAUCAGCCACUGCCCAGGCUUUGCAUGUGGAGGGCAGUGAGCAGCCGGCAGAGCGCAGAACGCAGACCACCAGAUUCCAGGGAUGGCCCUCCACAGGGCCCCAAGGAGGGUGGGAGUGGUGGGCUAUGGCCGCCUUGGACAGUCCCUUGUCUCCCAGCUGCUGACUCAGGGACCAGAAUUGGGCCUAGAACUUGUUUUUGUCUGGAAUCGUGACCCAAGCCGAAUGGCAGGGAGUGUGCCCCGUUCUCUGCAGCUCCAGAACCUCGCUGCCGUCGUGGAGAGGCACCCUGACCUUGUGGUGGAAGUAGCCCACCCCAAAAUAAUCCACGAAUCUGGGGCACAAAUCCUGCGCCACGCCAAUCUCCUGGUGGGGUCCCCCUCAGCCCUGGCUGACCAGGCCACAGAACGGCAGCUCCGGGAGGCCUCGCACUGCUGGGGCCAUGCUGUGUUUGUGGCCCGGGGGGCCCUGUGGGGCAUUGAGGAUAUUGCCAGAUUGGACGCGGCCGGGGGCCUCCAGAGCCUCCGUGUCACCAUGGCCACACACCCUGAUGGCUUCCGGCUCGAGGGACCCCUGGCGGCAGUACACAGCACCAGGCCUCGCACUGUACUCUACGAAGGCCCUGUGCGUGGACUCUGUCCCUUUGCCCCUAGAAACUCCAACACCAUGGCCGCUGCUGCCCUAGCCGCCCCCAGUCUGGGCUUUGACCAUGUGAUAGCGGUGCUUGUGGCUGAUCUCAGCCUCACGGACAUGCAUGUGGUGGAUGUGGAGCUGACUGGACCCCCAGGCCCCACAGGCCGGAGCUUUGCUGUGCGCACCCACAGAGAGAACCCUGCCGAGCCAGGCGCUGUCACCGGCUCCGCCACUAUCACCACCUUCUGGCGCAGCCUCCUGGGCUGCUGCCGGCUCCCCUCCACGCCGGGGAUCCAUCUCUGCUGAGGCCUCCUUCUUCCCGAGGUCACCCUCGUCUCAUUCAUCUCCCACCACCACCGUCCCGCCACUGCCCUGGCCUGGGUCCCCGGACCUCCCUCCUGUCUCAGUAAAACUUGGAGGCUCUUCUCCCUGAAUAA